CCUUUAGAUACGCGCACAUCCGAGCACGACACCGUAUAUUACACAUAUAUAUUUAAAUGUAUAUAUAUUAAUAACAAUACAUACACAGUGUAUAUAUGUAUAUCGGUCCGACGUUACCCGUCCCGUUGCUUCGUACGGGUCUGUCCCGCACCGACCGAUUACCGUUUUAGGUCAUUUACCAGUGCAUUAUCGCCCAGUGCCGUGUACCAAGUCCAGACUCGGCAUUUUUCUAUAGUACACGUUCCGCCACCGCCCGAUCACGAGGACGAAGACUACGACGACAAAGUGCAAACAUUAAUCAUCCGGCGUGCUUGCAUUUUGUCUGAAAAUAUUUAGAUAGAUGCACAAUUGCAGUUUAUUUUAACACUUAAAAUACUUGGUUUAUUUUAUUGACAUGGAGACUACACCUACCGUGUCAGAAGAACCUUCUGACACCAAGACUGCUCAGCCUAAUAAUCAAAAAAUUACGUCAUGUGCGUCCAGUGCAGUAACGGAAACUUCGCCCAAACAGGCAGAUGCUGUUGAUAGUACAACAUCUGUAGCCACUCAAGCUUCAGAGUUGGACAUAGCAGAUUCAAAUCAUCCGUCUAACGAUAAAAACCGUAAAAAAAAAGAUCGUCAUUUAGCUCAAGCAUUGAAAACUGUUUUGAAUAGUAUGAAUUCUUUAAAUACACCCGAAGAAAAACUAGCAGCAUUAUGCAUUAAGUAUGCAGAUCUGAUGGAAGAAAACACUAAGCUUAAGACUGCUUAUAAACAAACUGAAAAAAGAGUAUCUCAGGCACUAACAGAACGUGAUAUAGUCAGAGGUGAAAUGAAUAAAGCAGUGAUGACAAGAAGUCGAUUGGAGAGUUUGUGCAGGGAAUUGCAGAAACAAAAUAAAGCAAUAAGAGAAGAGAGUCUGAAACGUGUCAAAGAAGCUGAAGAUAAACGGAUGGAAAUGACAAAUAAAUUUCAAAACACUUUAAGUGAAAUAGCUUCAGUUAUGCAACAAAAUAGUGAGAAAAACAACAAGCUUCGAGAUGAUAAUAUGGACAUGUCUUCUAGGCUUAAGAAUGUGUGCGAACAGUAUGAGCUUAGAGAACAGGUAAAUGGCGCUCAAGUAGUUAAGUUAGCUAAACAAAUUGAGCUUGAGACCCAAUUAUGUGAUGCUAAGCUAGCCAAAGCGAACAUGGAAAUCAGUGUAGAACGAGAAACUAUUUUAAAUGAGAAGACCCAUUUAUUAAAGGAAAUACGGCUAUAUCAAACCAGAAUUGAGGAAAUGCAGAAUACUGAAAUAGACUUGCGAAACCAAAUUUCCCUGUAUAAUGAGAAAUAUGAAGAAUUUCAAAAUGCUUUAGCCCGAAGCAAUAAAGUUUUUGCUGGGUUUAAAGGAGACAUGGAAUUAAUGUCCAAAAAAAUAGUAAAACAAGAAAAAGAGUCAGCUAGUUGGAAAAUGCGUUAUGAGCGCUGCCAGCAACUUUUAGAUGAAAUUACUGUUGAACGCACUAGAAUGAUCAGUGAUUUGUCCGUAGCAACUCGACAAUUGAGUACCUUGCAAAAAUUAUGCAGAACUCUUCACUCUGAACGACAGACACUUUUGUCUAAGUUGGAACAUGGGAAAAAAACACCGGAACUGCCACCAGAUGUGGUAUCUGGAGAUGUGGCUGAACGUUUUACAGAAGCCAAUAUGUGUGCAAUGGCGGAAUGGUUUGCAACGGAACAGUCAAAAGAGACGCUACAGUCAGUUAUUGAAAAUCAAUUGAAAUUGUCUAAGGAUUCAACCGAGCAGCAACCACCUACAAAUGGAGAAGAUAUGUCGCCAGAAUCUCCUUCAUCAUCUCAAUCACAUACGUCUGAUGAACCUGCAUAUGAUACCGGUGUAAGCAGUAGUUCAUCAGUUAAUGGAGACAAAAUAGAAUCUGUUGUUGAAAAUAAUGUUGAAAACAAGUCAGCUGAUGAACAAGAGCCCAAAAAGGCUGAAAUUAAAAAAGCCAAGGAAACUCAAUCGAAACGGAAGGCUAAGAAAACGUAGUAAUUUUUGUCUUUCUUUGACAUGUAGUAGUUCACUAAUACUAAAUUUAUGAGUUGAAACUGCCAACUGUAUCUGUGAAACAGUGGAUGUUUCUAAUAAGCAAAAUUUUUAUUGUUUUAUUUUCAAGCCAUUAUUUAUCUAAAGAUGAUUACUUGUAAUCAUUUUUAAUUUUUAAUUAAAUUAAGCUAUAUAUUAAAUAUAUGAAAACAAAAAUUCUAUUAUUAA